AUGGUGGUGAAGGCGAGACAUGCAGUGCAGGUGGUGAAGGCGAGACAUGCAGUGCAGGUGGUGAAGGCGAGACAUGCAGUGCAGGUGGUGAAGGCGAGACAUGCAGUGCAGGUGGUGAAGGCGAGACAUGCAGUGCAGGUGGUGAAGGCGAGACAUGCAGUGCAGGUGGUGAAGGCGAGACAUGCAGUGCAGGUGGUGAAGGCGAGACAUGCAGUGCAGGUGGUGAAGGCGAGACAUGCAGUGCAGGUGGUGAAGGCGAGACAUGCAGUGCAGGUGGUGAAGGCGAGACAUGCAGUGCAGGUGGUGAAGGCGAGACAUGCAGUGCAGGUGGUGAAGGCGAGACAUGCAGUGCAGGUGGUGAAGGCGAGACAUGCAGUGCAGGUGGUGAAGGCGAGACAUGCAGUGCAGGUGGUGAAGGCGAGACAUGCAGUGCAGGUGGUGAAGGCGAGACAUGCAGUGCAGGUGGUGAAGGCGAGACACGCAGUGCAGGUGGUGAAGGCGAGACACGCAGUGCAGGUGGUGAAGGCGAGACAUGCAGUGCAGGUGGUGAAGGCGAGGGUUGUUUAA